CGAGUCUUAUCUGCCCUCGGCUUGCUGCGGUAUUCCCUGUCCUCUUCACAUUCCCUUCCCCCCCCCCCGCACAUUCUUCUACCUUCCAUCCGUAUCAGCAUCUCCAUCCCUUCUACUCUCUUUGACGACAUAUCCAUGGCCGCAAAUAUCCGUUAGUCCGUGACCUGCUCGAUACUACCUUCACAUUCGGCCCUGCGCCAGGACUGCGUUCGAAUCCGCGGCUGUACAAGGUUAUGCGCCGCUGAGCAGUUUCUUGUUAAUACUCAAAUCGAUCUACUCCGUCGAACACAUUGAUCUCAAAUGGAGCAGGUCGCCCAGUCAAGGCCGACCCGAGGCCCAGCACCAGGUGACGCAAAGGAGCGGCUAGCUGUGAGCACGACACAGGCGACCGCGGUGGACGAUGCGUCAUCGCCUCACCAAGCACAAAACGGCCGUCGAGGAACGAAAGAAGUGAACAAGCGCAGCGUCGAUUAUAUCGUACGCAGCGGCGUUGCGGGGGGUCUGGCGGGGUGUGCGGCCAAAACCGUUGUUGCGCCGCUCGACCGGGUCAAGAUCCUCUUUCAGGCUUCGAAUCCGCAAUUUGCCAAAUACACAGGCAGCUGGUAUGGCCUCGUUGCGGCCAUCCGAGACAUUAAACACCGCGAAGGCCUCCAAGGCCUUUACAAAGGACACUCCGCGACCCUUCUCCGUAUCUUCCCUUACGCUGCGAUCAAGUUCCUUGCCUACGAGCAGUUCCGGGCGGUGAUCAUUCCCUCGCAUGAGCAAGAGACGCCCUUCCGCCGACUGGUCUCGGGCAGUCUGGCGGGUAUCACCUCAGUGUUCUUCACCUACCCGUUAGAGUUGAUUCGCGUCCGAUUAGCGUUCGAAACGAAACGGACCGCUCGCUCCUCCUUCACCGAUAUCUUUCGCCAGAUCUACAAUGAACGGGUCACGCCUCCUUCGACGUCGACUGGGGUGUCUGCGACGCAAGCCCCCGUCACGGCUACGGCGGAGACCGUCUCUGCUGCUGUGAACAAGGCCGUCCCCCACUCGGGUCUGGCCAACUUCUACCGGGGCUUCGCACCGACUCUUUUGGGUAUGCUUCCCUACGCGGGCAUGUCCUUCCUCACCCACGACACCGUCGGUGACUGGCUACGCUCUCCUGCCCUCGCCCCAUACACCACCCUCCCCGAAUCCGAAUCCACGAGAAAGGGUUCCCGACGACUCCAGCUGACCGCCGCGGCGGAGCUCACCUCUGGUGCUCUCGCGGGUCUCGUCUCCCAGACAUCCUCGUACCCCUUGGAGGUCAUCCGGCGACGCAUGCAAGUCGGAGGCGUGGUCGGCGACGGCCAUCGCUUAGGGAUUGUCGAGACGGCGCGCACCAUCAUGUUAGAGCGCGGGUUCCGAGGCUUCUGGGUGGGGUUGACAAUUGGAUACAUGAAGAUCAUUCCCAUGACGGCCACCGGAUUUUUUGUGUACGAACGACUGAAAUGGUCCUUGGGUAUAUAGGGACUUUGAUUGGCUGUGUUUUUGUUUUCUCGGUUGCUGUGAAAGACUUUUGGGCGUCUGGGGUUGGCGAGAGCUGAGUCGUGUCUAUAUACCAUUGUUUCAUACCCAUCUUUGCAUGAGGCGAGAUGCCUUCCAGUGACAGCGGAGUCCAGUACAGUCUUGUACAUAGAGCAAGCAUAUUAGUACAAUUGUGCAUAUCAUGACGUUGUCUGCC